AUGGAGGACUGGAGCCACUGUUUGGAUGUGGCCGUGCAGAUCGCGCUCAGGGCCGGACAGGUGGUUCAGUCGGCGGUGAAGCAGGAGAAGCAGGUGAGCAGCAAGAGUACUCCGACAGACCUGGUGACGGAGGCAGACCAUCAGGUGGAGGAGCUCAUCAUCUCCACACUCAGGGAGAAAUACCCCUCACACAGGUUUAUCGGUGAGGAAUCAUCUGCUGCUGGUGUGAAGUGUGAACUGACAGACGACCCUACGUGGAUAAUCGAUCCCAUCGACGGGACGUGUAACUUUGUGCACAGUUUCCCUAUGGUGGCAGUGAGCAUCGGAUUUGCUGUAAGGAAAGAGCUGGAGCUCGGCGUCAUCUACCACUGUUUUGACGGGACGCUGUAUACGGCCAGGAAAGGACACGGAGCCUUUUGCAACGGUGUGCGACUACAGGUUUCGAAAGAAAAAGAUGUGUCGAAGGCCCUCAUUCUCACAGAGAUCGGCGCGAAGAGAGACCCUGCAACACUGGAUAUCUUUUUAGGAAAUAUGAAGAAAUUGUUGAGCGCACCUACUCAUGGUGUGAGGAUCAUCGGCAGCUCGACGCUAGCGCUCUGUCACAUCGCCAGCGGCGCAGCGGAGGCCUAUUAUCAGUACGGUCUGCACUGCUGGGACAUUGCAGCGGCCGCCGUCAUCAUCAGAGAGGCCGGCGGAUACGUCAUCGACACCACAGGAGGCCCGCUCGACCUCAUGUCCAGACGGGUUGUGGCCGCUGGGACGCGUCAGAUCGCAGACUAUGUGGUCAAGCAACUGCAGCCGAUAAACUACGGCCGAGACGACCUGACCUGAGUGAACUCUGACCCCAUCCUAAGCCUUUUACCUCAGAACACACAAUCCUGCCACGUCACAUCUGCAGUGUCCUUUAAACGUUACAUUCACAUUUGUAUCAGUUUAACAUCAUCUGAUUUGUAUUUUAAGUCACUAGGAACACCCUAAAGUCACGGCAUUCGUUUCAUUUCUGGAUGAACACAAAGAUAAAUUGUAAUCACUUGGAACCACAACCAUAUUUAACUUUUUAUACCUUGUAGUUUACUAAAUUGCUUCAUCCAUGGAAAUAAUGUUGGCUUGUUAAACACUGGAAGUCGCUUCAGAUGCCUUGAAAUCGCAAGGAUGUUGAUGAGGCCAAAUUCAGCUGAUUUUCCAUGCGCACCGUUUGAUUUGACAUUACAAAAUGGAAAUAUCUGCUUUUGAUCAAAGAAAAGCAGCUGGUUAUGAUUCCUUCAGAUAUUACAGUAGUGAAAUACACACAGCUAAUCAGAUCAUCACUUGGGACUUAAACUGUUAUUUUAGAUAUAACUGAAGAUGACCUAGGUUUCUAUGAACAAACUGCUAAAAUCCUUAAUUAAUCAAUAAAACGUUUUCCUGAAAAAUA